AUGUCCCGCGCUCCGGGCAUCGCCUUUGACAUAUCCUUCGAUGGCCUCUCCUCUGUUUCCCAGGACAUCGUCUUCCAGAACAUCGAGAGCCUCUGCAUACCCCGGCUGGAUGUCACCGCCAAUUCGAUCAUCUUUCAGAACGUAAAUUUCACCAACUUGUUGCCGUGCACGAAAUUCCCCGACGCCACUGGAACGCUGCCGAAUAUAGGAGCGGUCUCGCAGAUCAUGUUCAAUGGGACAAAUGCGUGGCAGAUUGGUCCGCUUGGGCAGGAUAGCUCUGUAUCUGGAACUUUGCCUGAAGGAUCUGAAGUCUCGAUCGUCGCUGUGGGAAACCCCUACCUAGAGGCAAUCGACCUCUCCGGGCUGGCGCCGUACAAUGCAACAGUCAUCAUUGAAGACAAUGCGAUUUGCGAAUUCGUGGAUCUGCCGGAUCUGAGUGUCGCCGAUACGUUGCAAGUGGAAGGGAACACAAGGCUGUUCAAUCUCACAGCGCCAGCUCUCACCACUGCCAAUGGCCCUAUCGUGAUCAGUGGCAACGAUGGACUCUCGGCGGUGGAUCUCCCGGCCCUCACGAUAGCGAGGAGCUCCGUCACUAUCGAAGGGAAUAUACACAAGCAAGUCAGACCUAACAGAAGCGUAUAG